CGGAAGUCGGCGCGGAACGGGCGGCUGGUGGAAGCAGGUGGUGCCGAAGGGGGAAUCGUAGCGCCGCUGCCGCCUCUGCUUGGGCCGGGGUCGCCUGGUAGCCCGCGAUGGGCGCCGGACCCUGAGCGUCCACCGCCGCUUUUCCACAGCGCCUCCACUCGGCUGCGAUGGAGGCACCGCCCAGCAGCCGCGUUCCCGCCGAGGGCGCCCAGCCGCCGGCCGUGGCCGAGGUGCGCUGCCCCGGCCCCGGACCGCUGCGCCUGCUCGAGUGGAGGGUGGCGGCUGGCGCGGCCGUACGCAUCGGCUCUGUGCUGGCCGUGUGCGAGGCCGCCGCCUCCGCGCAGCCCACCGGGCCCACCCCUACUCGCGCCGGCUCCGGGGGCUGCGUGCGCACGGAGCGCAGGCUGAGGUCGGAGCGCGCGGGCGUGGUGCGGGAGCUGUGCGCGCAGCCUGGCCAGGUGGUGGCACCCGGGGCGGUUCUGGUGCAAUUAGAAGGAUGCAGCCACCCCGUCGUCAUGAAGGGCCUGUGCGCCGAGUGUGGCCAAGACCUGACCCAGCUGCAGAGUAAGAAUGGGAGGCCGCAGGUGCCGCUGUCCACGGCCACCGUGUCGAUGGUGCACAGCGUCCCCGAGCUAAUGGUGAGCUCCGAGCAAGCUGAAAAGCUAGGAAGGGAGGACCAGCAGCGACUGCAUCGCAACAGAAAACUAGUGCUCAUGGUGGACUUGGACCAGACUUUGAUCCACACGACGGAGCAGCAUUGCCCGCAGAUGUCCAACAAGGGCAUAUUCCACUUCCAGCUGGGCCGGGGCGAGCCGAUGCUGCACACGCGCCUGCGUCCGCACUGCAAGGGGUUCCUGGAGAAGAUCGCCAAGCUGUAUGAGCUCCACGUCUUCACGUUCGGCAGCCGGCUGUACGCACACACGAUCGCAGGCUUCUUAGAUCCUGAGAAGAAGCUUUUUUCACAUCGAAUAUUAUCGAGGGACGAAUGUAUUGACCCGUUUUCCAAAACGGGGAACCUUAGAAAUCUUUUUCCUUGUGGAGACUCCAUGGUUUGCAUCAUCGAUGACCGAGAAGACGUGUGGAAGUUUGCCCCCAACCUGAUAACUGUGAAGAAAUACGUGUACUUCCAGGGCAUAGGUGACAUCAAUGCCCCAUCCGGGUCCCGGGAGCCCCAGGCGAGGAGGAGAGUCAGUUCUUCUCCUAAAGGUGCCGACGCCACGGAACAGCCUCCAUCCGUCAAGGAUCCCGAGGAAGGAAGGCAGGUGUCUGGGGUCGAGCAGAGCAACGGCCUCGGGAAGCCCACGCGGGAGCUCAACGGGGGCGCAGGCCCUCGGGGGGGCUGGCCCUGUCCCGGGCAGGAGGAGGAGAGGGGCGCUCGGCCCGCCGCCUGCGCACCCUCUGCUGACGGCCGGGGGCCCCUGGCGGGCAGCCAGCAACACGGGCGGACGCCGCUAGAGAAGAGGCCCGUGCUGGGUCUGGUGGGCCCUGACCCGGACCCAGAUGUCCCCAGUGACAGCGGGAGCAACAGCGAGUCCGAGGGCCGGCCGUCCCCCAUCCCCUCUGAUGGGGAGAGUGGGGAGAAGAGGACCCGGAGAAAGCCUGUGGCCACCCGCCAUGCUGGGGACAUCGUGGCCCAGGGCAGCGCCUCGGGCGCCAGUCUGUGCGUGGAGCCCGGGCCCGGCGUCCAGGCGGCCGUGCAGGGGGAGGGCGAGCGGGACGGCCUCUGCGGGCUGGGCGGCGGCUGUGCCGACAGGAGGGAGGCCGAGACAGAGUCCCAGAACAGCGAGCAGUCAGGCAUCACGGUGGGCGAGUCCCUGGACCAGAGCGCGGAGGAGGAGGAGGAGGAGGAGGACGCCGACGCCGACGACCACCUGGUCCACCUGGAGGAGAUCCUCGCCCGCGUGCAUGCCACCUACUAUGCCAGGUAUGACUGCUUUCUCCGCGGGGAGACCCAGGACGCCCCCGACAUCCGGAAGAUUGUCCCCGAGCUGCGCAGCAGGGUGCUGGCCGACGUCGCAAUCAUCUUCAGCGGGCUGCACCCCACGAACUUCCCCAUCGAGAAGACGCGGGAGCACUACCACGCCACGGCCCUGGGCGCCAGGAUCGUCACCCAGCUGGUGCUGGAGCCCGGCAACCCCGACCGGGCCACCCACCUGAUCGCCGCGCGGGCUGGGCCCCUGCUGUCCCCGCCGCCCCAAGCCCUGACGGCAGACCAGUGGCCCGCGGCGGCUCCGAGCAGAGUGCAUGUGCCCGCAGGCACGGAGAAGGUGCGCCAGGCCCAGGAUUCCGGGCAGCUGCACGUGGUCAACCCCGACUGGCUGUGGAGCUGCCUGGAGCGCUGGGACAAGGUGGAGGAGCGGCUGUUCCCGCUACGUGGUGACCCGGCCAAAUCCCAGAGGGAGGACGGCCCGGCCGCCUUUCCCGACAGGCAGGGCCUGCUUCCAGCCACCCUGUUUCAUCCAACACCCGUGCAUCCCAAGGCCCCGCCUGGCCCUGAAGUUCGGAUCUACGACGCCAGCACGGGCAAGCUCAUCCGCCAGGGUGCUGCGGGCCCCGGGCCCCCCGGCUCCCUGCCGGUGCACGCGGAGCUCUCCUCCUUCAGAGCGGUCCAGCCACAUCACCAGCAGAUGUUUGGUGAAGACUUGCCAGCCAAUCAAGAUGGAGAGCAGCCUGGUCCUUCUAGAAGGAAGCGGCAGCCCAGCAUGUCGGAGACCAUGCCACUGUACACGCUGUGUAAGGAGGACUUAGAGAGUAUGGAUAAAGAGGGGCCACAAGAGGAAGCUGAACGAAGAGGACGCAGCCAGCGAGUCCAGCGGAGCGUCCAGCUGCGAGGACGAGGAGGGGGGCAGCUCGGAGGCGGACGAGAUGGCGGCCGCGCUGGAGGCCGAGCUUGGCGACCUCAUGUGACCGCGGGGCGUGCACUCGACUCACCUCCGUCCCGGGAGCUGCCCCUCCUCCAGAGGGACAUGUCUGUUUGCAGAGCUCCACCUGCAGAAACACACUGUUUUGCAGAAAGAGGUGUUUUUAGAAGUUUCACUACAAGAAAGCCUACUUGUUAAGGACAGCGGGGCAGGGAACGCGGCCAUGCCAAAGAUCCUGGGUGAGCCCAGCAGAGCCGCACAGCGGGACUGGAGUUGGCGCUUUUUAUCAGGAAAUCGGGGGGUGUGGGGAGGUGUUUUUCCUUUAACUAGGCAGCACAUUGCUUAGGGUGAAGGCUGGGCAUCCGACCACACAGAGGGCUGAGGCGGCGGCAGCCCAGCAUCCGCCUGCUUUUUCACGACUGAAGCUACCAGAACAUGCACAGGUUUCAAGCGAGGCCGUGCAUCGGCGUGUGACGAGGACAGGCCUGGGGCCCCCAGCUGCCCCCAGGGCCCUGCAGCUCCCGCGGGCGCCGGGACAACGGGCCCCGCCCUCGCGGGCAUGUAAAGUUUUGUAUAUCUAUUUCAUACGUCACCCACCAAACAGAUUUUUCUUUCCUUUAAUAAAAGUCCCUUUUGCAA